UGUAGACAAAAAUGCGAUCGUAAUUAUAUAAUUCGCAUCUUUCGUAUAAAUGAAUCUUACAAUUCGAAUAAACAUAAGAUAUCUUCGUUGAUUAUUUAAAGUUCUAUUAAUUAUGAUUAAUGAUUAUGAAAUUAACAGAUGUGUUACUAAAUAUUUGAACAUAAUAAUAUCAGUAUAAGAUUUAAUAUUUGUUAAAAUAUUUAAUUUUUGACAACGAUCGACUUUGAAUGUCCUAACAAUCUAAUAACAGUUAUUUAAAUAUGUGUAUACUCGAAAGAUUUAUCACGUGUCUCUAUAAGGAUUCUUUCUUUAUUUUGCACAUUUAGCUUGAGAAUUAAGAACUCUUUUCAAAUUUUUUAUUGCGCAUAAUUCCGUAAUUAUAUGACUGCUUUAAUUUUACAGUAGAAGAAGUAAACGUCACGGAAAGAAAUUUGAAUAUAUAUUCUUAUUUUAUAUGAACAUUGUUAAACAGGAAGUAGUUAGAUUUUAUCGAUUUUAACUACCAUGAAAGAUCGACAAAUGAUCGCCGAUGUAUAACUAUCACGUAGUGACCUUUAUUUUCCAUCUGGGGUAUGUAAUACUAACAACAGUAUUUGAACCUUGGAAGUCUUCCGCGCUUUCGAGACCUCUAAUUGAAAAUUUUUAUGUAAGAGUUUAGUCAGUAUUAUUAAAAAAUCAUUGUGAAUUGUGGUCUGUUGUAAAACCAAAGAAGCUACGAGAAAGAGGAAAAAAUGAUUCUGUUAAAGUUAUUGAUGUGCUCGCUUUUUUUGAUCGGAAUAUGGACAAUAAAAAGUGACAGUAAAAAUGACAUCUCUUUGAUUGACGAGUUAAGACAUGAAUUGCUUGAGCUUGAAGUAACAUUGAAAAAGGAAUUGGAUAAUCCUAAAUGGACUUUAACUAAAGAUUAUGAUGUAUAUUUAUAUAUUAUAAAAUUUUAUAAAAACUUUUGUAAUUACAUUGAACAGUUAUUUCCAAAUAAUCGUCAGAUUCAUUUAAAUUCUUUAAAUUCAUUAUGGAUUUGGGCAAGAACACAACAAGAAACAACAGGCAUAAAUGAAUUGUACAUGAUAUUUAGAGAGAUGCAACAUGAAGUUGUGGAUCUAAAUAUAACAGUUAAUAUGAAACGACUAACAAAUUUUGCAAACAUUAUUUUAAACGAACCAAAUGCAUCAAUACCUAAAGCACUACAGCGUAUAGCUGACUAUAUUGUGAACCAAAAAUUAUUCAUUUCAGCUUAUCAGGAAGCUUCAUCUCAAAUCUGUAGUGAACGACAAUCUCCACAACAAUUACUAUUCAAUUUGUACAAUGCUAUUGCACUUACAGAAAUUAAAGGAUAUACAAUGAUGCAAUUUUCUUAUAUGUUGUUACGAUUAUAUAUCAAUGGUUCAAAUUUUAAUGAAGAAUUGGAAUUAUUAAAGCAACAAUAUGCUGAAAGAACAUCGGAAGUAUUAAGGGCAGUAAAAACUGCAAUGGCUUUUGCUCCUCAGGAAUUUUGGAGAUGUGAUCCAACUAAACAUGAGUCGGACAAGACAUAUAUGGAGCUAAAACAAUUAUUUCAAGGAUAUAUUGUUAAUGAAGUUGAUAUGAAUAGUGAAUCUACAUGUAGAGAAAACUGUGCUUACUAUGGAUAUGCAAAAGUUCAUGGAUGUUAUGACAAUCAAUUCUGUGCACAACAACGAACAUGUGGUGGUAAACUUGUAAAUUGUGAAUACAUUGACUCUGAUAUGUGGAUUUGUCCUUCGAAAGCUAGUUCAAGACGAUAUGAGUACAUAGAAUAUGAAAAUGGUAAAAUAUAUGGACAAAAACAGACUUGUCAAAAAUCUCUUACUAAAAUUGAUAGCUGGUGGCGUUGGCUAUUUUGGCAUUGCAGUUAUUGUUUUUGUUAUUGUGAUGAUCAUAAUUCAAGGUCAGAUCGAUAUUUUAAUUUACGGCCAGUUAUGGCAGAUAUUAAAAAUAACAGAGUAAUAACAGGAAUCAAAUUAACUAAAUUAAACCAAAUAAUACAUAUUCAAAUUCAAGAAGGAGAACUGCUUUCACGUGGAGAUAUAAAUUCAACUACUGUUACAUGGAAGCCAAUAGAUACAUAUACUGUUUAUGAUUCUGAUGUUAAGAAUGGGAUUGAUUAUCAUACUAUAGUCUGGGAAAAACGAGCAAUCGAUAUGGAUGAUUUAAAAUCUCCUGAAAAUCAUCUUUUAACGGGCAUAAAACUACGUAUGAUUGGUACUCGCUUAAACUUGGAGAUAAUGGUAACUCCAUUCAAUUUCACAACAGGCAAAUUGAUACAACCAUUACAGAAAAGUUAUUGGAUAAGUAAUGACAUUACUGAAAGCUAUUCUAGGAGGGAAUUAAAACUCAAGAAUCCAGAUAUUCCAAUUCAUUCAGAGUUACAACAUGUCUCUGAUUCGGAUGUAAAUCAAUAUCUAAACUUCGCUCCUAGUGAUCGCGAAAAAGAUGCUGCACAGAGUACUAUACCAUUUUUAGACAUUCAACCAGUGGAGCCAAACCCAUCAAUACCUAUAGCAGGUGCUGGGAUUUUUCAUAAGGGUAGGUCAGGCUCUGGAGGAUUUCUUGCUUUAAAAUUAAUAACGUAUAAUUUUGCUCCACAUCUACAUACUGACCUGCCACCUUCACCACCCGUUAUUGAAACAUAUAAUGAAAUAACAGCAGUACUCAACUAAUUUGUAUUAAAAUUUUUUUAAAUAAUUAAUAUUACUCUAGAAUAAUCGUAAAUGUAGUUUAAUGAUAGUGUUAUUUUUCUUUUAUAAUACCAAUUCAUAUAAAUAGAA